CCAGAUAAUCUACAUUUUUAAUUUUAAUUAUAUUUCAGCUGAUUCUUAUAAUUUUUUCUUGAAUUCUUAACUGGGUUUUGUUUUUCUGCUUAAUUUUGCCCAUUUAUGAACUGGGGUUUUGUAUUUAUGCUCAAAUUUGUUGUUGUUGCAUAAUUUCUAAUUUUGGCUGUCAAUAUUCACUUGCUGCAUUAUAUAUUUAUAUGGGUGUUUCAAUUUAUUAUUGUAUUUUCAAUGUAAUUGCUUGAAUUUGUACUUAGAAGCUAAAAUUAUUAUGUUUUCAAUUGGUUGAAAGUGGGUAGUAAUUUGUUGUAAUAGUAUUUAAUUAGCUUAGAAGUAUAAUAUAAUGCUUGAAUUCUGAAGGAGAUCCGUGUUGCGUAUGCUUUAGUAUGAAGUAUGUACAUACACUAAAUGAUCCAAAUUUAUAGUAUGGUACAAAAUUAGUUGGGUAUGCAAUAAGAGAAUUUAAGGUGAUUUAAGUGUACGAAGAUGGGUUUGCAAGAGCAUAUAGCACUAGAUCGAAGUGAAUGGAGGAUAACAAUCUUUGUGGAUGAUCCCGGGAGAUAAAUUCUUGGUUCAUGUAGCCGACCCCAUACUUUUGGGAUUAAGGCUUUGGUAUUGUUAUUGCUGUUGUUGAUAGUUAGUAUUGUUUGAUCAAUUAUUCUGUGUAAAUCAAAGGAGAGGUUUUUCAAAAUUCGCGCUUGUUGCGGACAGUUUCUAUAGUUACUUGGGUAUGCAACUUGUAGCUCAUCUGACUGUCUUUGAGUUUGUCUAUUUGCUGGUUCAUAUUCAUAUUGCACCAAUGUUGCUUUGUUUGGACAAGAUUGAAGUUGAGGUUUCUCAUUAUAAGCUUUAACUGUGAUGGUUUCGACAAGCAGUAUGGGAGAUCAGGUUCGUGCACUUGGAGACUCUAUAUCUUUUGGGAGAUAUAUGUCAGAGUCCUUGGCUUGGGAGAAAUGGUCAACUUUUUCUCACAAUCGUUAUCUAGAAGAAGCAGAAAAGUCUUCCAAACCUGGAUCUGUUGCCAAGAUGAAAGCUUAUUUUGAGGCCCAUUAUGGGAGGAUUGGUGCAAAGAAACAGGCAGCCCUAGAGCAAGCAAGUGAUGAUUCUAGUUUUGUUGAAUCAGAAAUUUUCUCGAGCUCGAGCUCACCUGCAUUGAAUCUAGAUAUGACAGUUCCCAGCAGUCAUUCAACUGUUAAUGAACUUCGAAGGAGCUUGAGCUCCCCUGCACUGAAUCCAGAAACAGCCCUUCUUAAUAGUUAUUCAACCGCUGAUGAAUUUCCAAGGAAUGAUACCCCCAAUGUGGAGCCUCUGAGUGUCAUUGUCAGUUCCUGUGACUCGUCCAAAACCAAAGAACUACAAAAUGAGGAAGACAUAAUUGUGGAACCAAGUUCAAACAUUGAUUACAAGGAGUGUCCUGAGGUUCAAGUAGACCAAUGUGAGGAUGCAGAAGUAAAUGCUAGCAUCACCGAGAACUCUGUUGAGAUCAAGGUUGACUUGUCUACAGAUGCAUUGGAAAGUGAUACAAUUCUGAUCACCCCAGAAAGGGAGGUGACUGUGACUAUAGAGAAGGAAGCAAAGACGGACAAGUUGGACUUAAGAAGCAAGCAGAAACCAACAGAUUCAUCAUUGAAAAGUUCAAAAAAAAGCAAUGUGUCCAAGUUAUCAUCCUCUCUUGCUAGACUUGCAACUCCAGUUCGGCCUAAAAAGGAUUGUAGUGGCACGCUUAGCACUCCUAAGUUGGCAAAGGAGUCUAUUGAGAUGAAAAAAUCAACUUCAAAAUUGGUUCAAAUGUCAAUCAAUGUUAAUUCUGAUGUUAAACUAAUGAAUAAAUCUUCUUCAGUUUCCCACAAAACUGGAAUAGAAAAGGCCUUCACUCCUCUGGGCAAGAUGAUAAGACAAAGCUUUGUCCACACACCAGCUCCAAGUACUAGUAGGGCAUCUGUCAACAGUGUUUCACGGCAUCCAUCCGGAACUCCGCAAACAGAAAAUAGGAGAAGCAGAAUAGCUCUUGAGAAGUCAUUUGCGAGGAAUAGAUCACUGGACCAGAAAUUGCACUCGCCCUCUGUCAGUACUAAGAAGUCUGCAGCACAAUCUCCAAUCACAUUCUCUCCUUUCAGUUUUAGGACUGAAGAAAGAGCAGUAAAACGUAGAGAGUUUUUUGAAAGGUUGGAGAAGGAAGCAGAAAAUCAGAAGAUGCUUGAUAAAGCUAAGGUAAAAUCAAAAGCUGAUUUCAGGAAAACAUCACAGAGUGUGAAUUUAUCCAGUGCUGCAGCAGACAGAAGAGAAAUUUUAAGUGAUAAAACAAAGAUUUCUGUUGCACGACCACUGCCACCAAAGUGUGAAAGUAAAACUUCAACCAACCUGGUGGGAGGAAGAAGCUCUCAGCCUCCUCGAAGUAACGCUGGUUCUAAACCUGCUUCAGGAAACAAGCCAAUUCCAGUCAUGCCGACCAAGAAGAAGAGACAUGAAAAUGCCUCUCCUAACAUCCUUUGACAGUAAGAUCUCCCAAAUGGAAACUACUGUUAGCUUUCCACAUUCCACCAAUCCACCUUAUGCUGUGUAUUGUAUUCAUUCUCUUGUGAGUGUACAAGUUUUGCAGUCCAUUUUUUUAAGAUCACGGUGCUUGUGUAUAGAAGGAAGACUGAAGUUAUAGAAUCAAUGAAUCAUUGUCUGUCAGUCUCUAAAGUUGUACCACUUUGUGCUGAAAAUAAAAGCAAGUAAUUUACAGCCUAUUCAGCUGUUUAUGAGAGUUUAUCUCUCGUACGAGUUAUUUCAUGUUGUUCUUUUGAUUUAAUGGAAAUUUUGUCCCACUCUUA